ACACUCCGCACUCACUAGUCAGAGGGAGGGAGGGAGGGAGGUUACACAGGCUGACUGAACUGAGAAGCUCAGCUGCCAACACUCAACACUGCCUGCUGCUGCUGCUGUACUCUGGGCAAGGGGAGGGAGGGAGAAAGAGAAGGAGAAGAAGAAAAUAAAGAAAGAGAGAGCAGAUAAGUAGAGGGGGGAAAUCUGAGAAAGAAGGAAAAGCAAAGGACACCUCCCUCCCUACAGAGAGAAGACUUUCCAUGUAGCAGGGGAAAGAGGGAGAAGCCUGAAGCUCAGAAACUGUGAGAGGAGCUUUCCUAGCAAGUUACUUAAUCCCUGGAGGGAGAUUAAUAAUAACAACAGUUGCUGAUGAUAAUUAUACAUAAUCUCUAAUAAUUUAAACCCAAAGAAAGUUCAAUGCAAUAUUCUAAGCUAUUUCUAGUUGCCUCUUCGGGGUAACUUUGGAAGACUUGCUGCUGCUGGUGGUGUCGCCUGGAGGUGAGAGAGGAGCCUGGGAAGAAGGAAGGAGAAGUUUCGUGGGGCUUGUUUGCACAGGAGGAGAAGAUGGGCUGGAAGAGUCGCUGCUGCUGGAAAGGCGGAGGAGGAGGGGACCGUCUCUGCCUGCUCACCCUCUUGCUGGGGUUCCUGCUACCCGCCUGCAGGACUCGAAUGUACACCAACCACUGGGCUGUGAGGAUAACUGGGGGGCAUCAGGAAGCCAGCAGGAUAGCUAGCAAAUACGGAUACGUCAAUAUAGGACAGAUUGGAGCACUGAAGGAUUAUUACCACUUCUAUCAUAGUAAAACAAUUAAAAGGUCAGUUCUCUCAAGCAGAGGUACCCACAGCUUCAUUUCAAUGGAACCAAAGGUGGAGUGGAUACAACAACAGGUAGUUAAAAGAAGGAUAAAGAGGGAUUAUAAACCUGGUGGUACCCAAUCCACUUAUUUCAAUGAUCCCAAGUGGCCAAGCAUGUGGUACAUGCACUGCAGUGAUAACACCCAUCACUGUCAGUCAGAUAUGAACAUAGUAGGUGCUUGGAAGAGAGGCUACACCGGAAAGAAUAUCGUGAUCACCAUCCUGGAUGAUGGCAUUGAGAGAACCCACCCAGACUUGAUGCAGAAUUAUGAUUCGAACGCCAGCUAUGAUGUCAAUAGCAACGAUAUUGACCCCAUGCCUCGGUAUGAUGCCAGCAAUGAAAACAAGCAUGGAACUCGUUGUGCUGGAGAAGUGGCAGCAAUUGCAAACAACUCGCACUGCACAGUAGGAAUUGCCUUUAAUGCCAAGAUCGGAGGAGUGAGGAUGCUGGAUGGUGAUGUUACAGACAUGGUGGAAGCAAAGUCUCUCAGUCUGAAUCCACAACAUAUACAUAUCUACAGUGCCAGCUGGGGUCCUGAUGAUGAUGGGAAGACUGUGGACGGACCUGCUUCACUAGCACGUCAGGCCUUUGAGAAUGGCAUCAGAACGGGACGAAAUAAGUUAGGUUCCAUUUUUGUUUGGGCGUCUGGAAAUGGUGGAAGAAGUAAGGACCAUUGCUCCUGCGAUGGCUACACCAAUAGCAUCUACACUAUUUCCAUAAGCAGCACAGCUGAAAGCGGAAAAAAACCUUGGUAUCUGGAAGAAUGUGCAUCCACUCUAGCUACGACUUACAGCAGUGGGGAAUCCUACGACAAGAAAAUAAUCACCACCGAUCUGAGGCAGCGUUGUACAGACAGUCAUACUGGAACCUCAGCCUCUGCACCUAUGGCUGCAGGAAUCAUUGCAUUGGCACUAGAAGCAAAUCCAUCUCUGACCUGGAGAGACGUACAGCAUAUUAUUGUAAGGACUUCUCGUGCAGGACAUCUGAAUUCUAAUGACUGGAAAACCAAUGCUGCUGGUUAUAAGGUGAGCCACUUAUAUGGAUUUGGACUGAUGGAUGCUGAAGCUAUGGUGAUGGAAGCAGAAAAAUGGACAACAGUCCCUCAACAGCAUGUGUGUGUGGAAAGCACGGAUCACCAAGCCAAAACAAUACGGCCCGACAGCCAGGUCCACUCAGUAUACAAAGCCACUGGCUGUUCAGAUAAUUCCAACCACCAUGUGAUCUACUUGGAGCAUGUGGUUGUGCGCAUCACUAUCACCCAUCCUCGGCGUGGAGACUUGGCAAUUUUCCUAACCUCUCCUUCUGGAACAAAGUCGCAGCUCUUGGCUAACAGGUUAUUUGAUCAUUCCACAGAAGGUUUUAAAAACUGGGAGUUCAUGACUACUCAUUGCUGGGGUGAAAAAGCAGCAGGUGACUGGAAGUUGGAGAUUCAUGACACCCCAUCUCAGCUGAGGAGUUUCAAGUCUCCAGGCAAAUUGAAAGAAUGGUCCUUAGUUCUUUAUGGGACAUCCAUCCAGCCUUACUCACCAAGAAACGAUUUUCCCAAAGUGGAACGAGUUCGCUCCAGUCCAGUUGAAGACCCUACAGAAGACUAUGGGACAGAUGACUAUGCAGGUCCAUGCAAUGCAGAAUGCAGUAAAGUAGGGUGUGAUGGGCCAGGACCAGACCACUGUACUGAUUGUCUACACUAUUACUACAAAUCUAAAAACAACACACGGAUCUGUGUUCCAAACUGCCCACCUGGUCACUACAAUGCAGACAAGAAACGCUGUAAAAAAUGCUCCCCCAAUUGUGAAACCUGUGUUGGAAGCCACAGUGACCAAUGCCUGAGCUGUAAAUCUGGUUACUAUCUAAAUGAAGAAUCCAAUAGCUGUAUUACCAGCUGCCUAGAUGGAUUUUACCUUGACAAGAAUAAGAUUGUUUGCCGGAAAUGCAGUGAGAACUGUAAGACAUGUGCUGAAUCCCAAAGUUGCACAGAAUGCAGACAUGGCCUAAGUUUAUAUGGAUCCAGAUGUGCAGUCCGCUGUGAAGAAGGAAAAUAUCACAAUGGCAAGGAAUGUGAACCGUGUCACCGUUCCUGUGCAACAUGUGCAGGCUCAGGAGCAGAUGCUUGCAUAAACUGCACAGAAGGUUAUUUUCUGGAGGAUGGGAGAUGUGUGCAGUCCUGUAGUGGUGGUUAUUACCUUGAUCACUCUCUUGAAAACGGAUACAAAACCUGCAAAAGAUGUGAUGCCAGCUGCUUGGAAUGCAGUGGUCAAGGAGACAAAAACUGUACAACUUGUCCAAAUGGCUAUAUCUUAGAUACUGGCAUCUGUGUAAUUGGAACAGUCUGUAAGGAUGGGGAAUAUGCCGAGCGUGUGGAUCGGUGUCUGUUCUGUGAAGCAUCCUGUUCUAAGUGCACAGGGCCAACUCAGAAUGACUGUAUCGGCUGUGCAGCCACAAGAUUUUUUGAUGAUGGACGAUGUGUGUUGCAAUGCCCCAAAGGGAAAUUUGAAUUUAACAACCAAUGCCAUUUGUGCCAUCAUACCUGCAUGGAUUGCAGUGGAAGUGAACCAAACAAAUGUACUGCUUGUGGUACAGACAAGAGAGGGAAAAAACGUUUCCUGUACAUGGGAGAGUGCAGAGAGAGCUGUCCACAAGGCUACUACCAUUCAGAGGAGAACAGCGCCUGUCAGUCUUGCUUAGAGCAGUGUGAAAUAUGCCUUGAUUCCACCCAGUGCAAUAGAUGUUUCAAGGGAUAUUACCUCGCUGAUAACAGAUGUCUGAAACACGAGUGUAGAGAAGGUGAAGUGGAGGACCCUAACUCUGAAGAUUGCGUGCCAUGUGCAGAUGGAUGCCGGAGGUGUCAGCUUGAUGACCCAAGAAUAUGCACAGCAUGCAUUCACAAUUACUAUAUGUAUAAGCAGCAUUGUUAUAAGAACUGCCCUGAGAACACCUACAAUGAUGAGAGUACUCUCCAGUGUACAGAAUGUGGUGAAAACUGCAACAGCUGUGACAAGUACGAGUGCUACUGGUGUAAAAAAGGCUUUUAUCUCUUAGAUGAGAAAUGUGUAAGUGACUGCGGGGCUGGUUUCUACAGUGAUGAGGACUUUGCAGAAUGUGAAGAAUGCCAUAGGACCUGUGCAACAUGUGAAGGGCUCAACUUUGAUGACUGCACCAGCUGCAAAGAGAAUUUACAGCUACUGCACGGAAAGUGUGCGAACCCAAAAACUAUGGUAGUGGAGAGGAAAUUCUGGAAUGACUCAAAAAAACAGUUCCAACGAUGUGAUUCUUCAUGUUGGACCUGUGAUAGAGCUGCUGAAGUGUGCACUUCAUGUCUAGAAGGGAGAUUUCUUCUCGCUGAGACCUGUGUACAUACAUGCCCUCGAGGGACUUUUGGAGACUUGAAAAGUAGGAAGUGUGAGAAUUGCACAGAUGACUGUGAAAACUGCUCUGGCCCCAGGCACUGCCUAAAGUGCCAGUCUCAGCCACACCGGCCGCUCUACCUACAUGAAGGCAGAUGCUUUCAGGAGUGCCCCACGGGGUAUUUUGCUGAAACUGGUACGUGCAUCAAGUGUAGCAGAUCCUGCAAGACGUGUGAAGGAAAUGCCACAAAAUGUCAGUCCUGCGAAAAUCCUUUGCUUCUGGAGCAAUGGGAAUGUAAAAGCUCCUGUUCUGAGAAGCACUUUGCCACCAAUGGAAUCUGUAAACACUGCCCUGAGAUGUGUCAGGAAUGCAUUCAUGAAAGUGCAUGCAAAGUAUGCAUGGAUCAGUUUUUCUUGCACAAUGGGAAGUGCCUGCCGGAUUGCCCUUCUGGCUUUUAUGCCGACUCCAGGAGUUGCUCUCCUUGCCAUGAGGACUGCAAAGAAUGUGAUGGGCCUGACUCGGAUGACUGUAAUGAGUGUGCCAGCAGGUCCUUUGUUUUGUACAAUGGCGAGUGUUUUGAAGAAUGCCCAGAAGGGUCUUACUAUGAAACAGAGACUGAAGAUUGUCAAGAGUGUGACAGGACAUGUCAGAUUUGCUCCUCUUCCAGUGCCUGCCUUACCUGUAAAGAGGGCAUGGUGCUGAAUAGCCAGGGUCACUGUGUGACAGCCAAGCAUUGUUCUCUCACUGAGUAUCAUGAUGAGCAGACUCAGACCUGUAAGCCUUGUCACAAGAGGUGCUCUCGCUGUACGGGGCCUGCUGAACAUCAGUGUCUUAGCUGUCCAAAAAAUGGGCAUCUUCUCAAUACAACCUGUGUAAAAAUGUGUCCUGAUGGAUAUUAUGUUGACAGUGAUGAGGGACGAUGUUUCACAUGCCACAGCACCUGUGAGACUUGCUAUGGAAAACACAACACGCAGUGCCAUACCUGCAGAUCGGGCUGGUACAAACAAGAAAAGGGAUGUGUACAAGUAUGCACAGUGGGAUAUUAUGCAAACCAUUCCACUGGAUUGUGCGAGAGAUGCCACAAGAGCUGUAAAGAGUGUUUGGGAUCUCAGCCCACAGACUGUCUGUCCUGUGAUACAUAUGACUUCCUGCUUCGCUCCAAGAAUGAAUGUCUCCCCUCUUGCCCUGAAUAUUAUUACGAGGAUCGUGAUACAAACAUCUGUGAAAGAUGCCACCCUACCUGCAGCUCCUGCGAAGGGAAGGGAGCUCUCAGCUGUACGUCUUGUGUGUGGAGUUACCAUCUAGCAGGUGGAAUCUGCUACUCUGAAUGCUUUGCUGGAGAAUACAAAGUCUCAGAGAGAGACCAAUCAGAAUGUGAAAAAUGCCAUGAUACCUGUGUAGAGUGUAAAGGGCCUGGACCUCUCAACUGCACUGUGUGUCCAGCUAACAUGAAACUCUACCUAGAUGAGGGCCGCUGUGUCCAGUGCUGUGAUGGCUCUAAUCUCACAGAAACCCAGGAGUGCUGCGACUGCAGUGAAACACAAGAUGAAUGUGUAUUACAGACCAUUCUGAACCUACCAACUCAAAGCAAAGGGAAAACUGCUUUCUUUGUUGCUACCUCCAUUUUGCUGAUCCUCUGCAUUGGAGCCAUUGUAUUCAUCUGGAGAAGAUCACGAGCCAAAGCCCAGACAGUACACAAAGGUGGGUACCAGAAGCUGACAGAUCAUUCAAAACCUCUCUCUUCUUACAAGAGCAACCACCAUGAGAGCACCAGCUAUCAAGAUGAUCAAGUGAUUGAGUAUAAAGACCGGGAUAAAGAAGAUGAAGAUGACGAUGAUGAUAUUGUAUAUAUGAGCCAGGAUGGCACAGUCUAUCGUAAAUUUAAAUAUGGACUUCUGGAGGAUGAGGAGGAAGAUGAACUGGAAUAUGAUGAUGAAAGUUAUUCAUUUAGAUAAUUUUUUAUUAAUUUGUGUAUUUUUCCUCUUUGCUGCCUUUCUCAUUACAUUAAAUCAAUUUAGUUAGGUUAUAGGGGAUAUAAAAUAUUUUUUUCUCUGCAUGACUGGGCUCAAGCAGAAAUUUAUGUUCACGGUAAUUCUGAGAAAAAGGGAUUUUUAGCUAUACAUAUUGUGAAAGCAGAGUUGUUUCUAAACUUUUGUUUCCAAAACAUUUUAUAAAUCUUUGAUGGGUCUUUCAAGAAGCAGCACUCAAGAAAUGGGUUGGCUAAAAGAUUCUUUUUCUGUAUACUCAUGUGUGGAAAUAAAAUAUUUUCUAGUAUUAUCUGUAAGUGCAUAGGUAUAUAAAACAGACACAGGUAUCAAACUAGCACUUGCCAAUCACUUUUAAAAAUAUACUGAUAUAAACAAGACAGACAUAUUUAUCUACAUGAUAGAUGUCCCUGGGAUAGGAUGUCACUUAAUUGUUUAUUUCUGUGUGAUUAAAGUUUGUACUGUAGUUCAUAUUAUAAUGUGAUUUUGCAUAUUUUACUCUCUUUUCCUUUCAUGGUAUUAUCCAAAGCACUGGUAUGCCCCAAAGUAUGACACAUUUCUAUAACCUUUAAGUGCAUUUCCUCAAAGAUGUAAUAUUUCUGACAUUCAGUUUUAGAUAAAAUUUGAGGUCACUCUGACCCUAUUCCAAGUAGAAUGUAUUAUUGUAGCUAUGGCUUGAAUGAAAAAAAAAAAGAUAAAAAUAUAUCUGAAAUUAACUCUUGAUUCAUUUUUAUCUUAGUGAGUAUGCAUUUUAAGCAAUGUUUCAUUUUGUACAGACUUAUUUGGAUUUAGUACAAAGGAGUGCUUAGUCUAGAAAUACGUACGUGGAAAAAUCUCGAGAUUACAGAGAACUGUCACAGAACAGACAUGAAACAAAAGAUUUGUUAAUCCCACUUUUCAUAUCUAUCAAAAAUGGCUUUGGAUGUUCAGAUAAUACGAAAGGGAGUAAUCAACACUGCACUGUAAAAUGAAACAAUGGAUGAUUUUUUUCAUCAUUUUAGAUUGUAUAAUUUAUUGCAUUAUCUGAGAAGUUGCUAAACCUGGUUCCUUUGUUGUGAAAGAAUAAACUGAAUCUUUGUACAAAAGCAUGCCGAGAAGGCUGUUAUUCACUAGUAACAUGGACUUUUGGCUAGAACUGUGGACAUUAGACCUUAAGAGACCUGUGCUCAAUGCUGCACUUUGCUACAAAGUUCCUAUGUGAUUGUGGGCAAAUCACUUACUUUCUCAGGCUCAGGUCCCCAUCUGUAAAUCAGGGCUAAUACUUCUGUAUCGCUUGGGAUUGUUAAUUCAUUAAUGUUUGUGAGGAACUCAGAUACUAUCGUAAGGGAUGCCAUAUAAAAACCUAGGUAAUGCAUUUAAGAGUCCUUGUCUUCUUACAAUACACAAUUGGUGUUUACACUUGAGUAUUUUUGGUUAACACUGAGCAGAGAGUUUUAGAAAUACUUGUGAUGACCUGAAGGAAGCUGACUUUCAGUAUAUUUCCAAUAUUCUUAUUACUGUCAUUUAUUGGCUGGUUAAAGAAAUGCCUCUACAGAGCCCAUUUCGCUCCCUCAGGGUGCACUCAUGUAUUUUAAAUUUUCUCUGGGCCACUAGGUGUGUAGUCCCAAUGGAUGACAAUUACCAUAGAUCUUCCCUACAGGAGGAAAUUUAGAGCCAAGUGAAAUGUACCCACCUAACUCAGACUAGGGAACACCUGCCUUUCCCCUAUUUAUGCAUAUCUGAUGCUACAUAAAUGCCAUAUAAAAUAUGCCAUGGAACACUUUACGUAAGUACUAUCACCUACAUGUUAUGCCUAGCAACCACAGUUAAACAUUUGAUUUAGGUAGUAUAUUAAAUUCUGGCUGAAGUUAUGAUUGUCAAAUCAACAGCCCAUUCACUUUAUUAAAGGGAAAAAAUCAUUAGUUCAGGUAUCUUUCCUACUUCCACCAUUUCCCACUCCCACAAAACCCAGUCCAAUGCCUACUGAAGUCAACGACAAUCUUGUACUGGGUUCUAAUUAUUUAAAUCCUCAUUGUCAAAGUGGGGUGUUGGAGAUGCACAUGCUGAUUAAUUACACAUCUGAAUUUGUAACACAAAAGUGGGCUGUUGUCUAUGUAUUUAUUGUCCCCUGCUUUGAAAAUUUGGCCUUCAGCCCUUUUCAUUACAAACCCUUACUUGCAGACAAGGGGAAGGGUUAAAACCAUUUAACAUAUUGCCCAACAUAAAUCAGUGAUCUAUAAUUAUAGGAAAAGAUGUAACAAUAAGGGACUUUGAAGAUAAAGAUUUGACAAAUCACUAAGUAAAAGCUCAUUGUUGGUAAAAGUUCUCAAAACAAAAAAGGCUAGAAUAAGAAAAAACAGUGAAAACAUAAUAUUUGAAAGGCCAUACUGAGAAAAACAACUAUUCAAACAGUUUCCUGUUCACACCCUCUCAUUUAACAAUACUCUUAUUUUAGUAGUGGUUUGUAUAAAAUUGGCUGUAAGAAUAUGCUUUAACCUGAAACUGCCCUUAUCAAAUUUCAAAGGCUUAUUUUAAGCAGUCCCUAGUACGCUUAAAAUUACUGUAAAAAAAAUGUAUGAACUGACCAGCCUAUAGGCUUUCAGUUCCAGCAUGAAGAAAGGCUGGUGUGUUCAAAACUACCCAAAUGACCAACGAAUGGAAACAUCUUGCACAAUAUUUCUUUUUGAACUCCUGUAACUUAAAAAGGGCUUUGUUUUAAACUAAAAAUGUGCAACGCACUGGUCCAUUAGGUAUGACCAUAUUUUUGAAUAGAUAUCAAAAUCACAGUAGUUUUAAUACACCUCUGAGAACCAGAAACCUUUGAGUUCUACUUUUGGUUCUAGUCUGCACUGUUUCUGUGGCUUUGGGCAUGUCACUUAUCCCCAGAACCUCAAAGAUAUUUAAAUGCCUAACUCCAAUGGGAUAUAUUUAGGCAUCUAAUUCUAAAGAGAGUCUGCACUGUAAACACAAUGUAGAGGUUGAGGGCCAGAUCUUCAAAGGUAUUUAAGCACCUAACUCCCAUUGGAGGUAUAGAUCUGCCUAAUCUUUAGGUGCCUAAAUAUACCCCAUUGGAAUUAGGCACCUAAAUACCUUUGAAAAAUCUAGGCCUUAACCUCUACAUUGUGCUUAGGGUACAGACCUGCCUAGUGUUUGGCUUUUGCCCUUCUGCAUCCAGCUUGACUUGCCAUCUAUGGCUCUAUGGCUAUUAAAGUUUUUAAUCUGUAUCUCUUGACUGCCAUGGAGAUCUAUUCUUCCAGUUGCUGCAAGGCAGGAAAGAAGGCAUAAAAAGCAGCAUGAAGAGCUGCUUACAGUUACUAUGAGACUGGAGCUGCAGAAGCAGAGCUGGGCCAGGCCUGGCCAGCAGAGAAGCAGCAAGAGAUGCCUUCCUCAUUUCCACAAGAGCAGUGCUUUUGGUUGAGGUGGGACAGGCUGCUGUGAGGAGAAGGCUGAGUUCUAAGAGCUCCUGGAAGAAGAUACUCACUCAACACAAAAUCAGUGAGAUGGAAGAAAUGAAUUGUUUUACAAGGUGGGAGAGAAUUGAUUUUGUGGAGGGGGACUGGUUUUGUUGAGGAGGGAACUGAUUGUAGGGGUGAAUACUUGAUAAAUGGUGUCAACAGGAGCUUGAGGGGAGGAAGUUUUGUAGUGGGGUGAGGGGGGUGUUUUGCAACAGGAUGCUGAUCACCACAGCCAUGUUUUGUCUUAUUAGUUCUAAAUUUCAGACAGACAUCUUUGAACAUUAUUUAAAAAAAAUCAGAACUAGAUGGUAAAUGUGGCGGACACUAGAAAGCAUCACUGAAAGUCAAGGAUAGUCUCUGGUUUUAAAAGGGCUCUCUAUCAAUAGAAUGUACAGUCCCCAGACAGGGCACUACUGUAGUAGGCAAUGAUUUAAAAAAAUUAAGGAAGGAUUAACUAUUGAUAUUAUCUAGCAAUCUGGAGAAAAAAAUGUUGUAAUUAAGUUUUCACUAGUGAAAGAGCCAGUGUUGUCAUCCAUUUAAAAAAGAAACAGCAAAAAUCAAUGUUGAUUUACAUCAAUAUGAAAAAGAGUAAGAUUCGACCAAGUGAAUUUUUACUAGGUUUUCAUUAAAAAUCUAUCUUGUGGAAAUACUAUCCAGGAAGUAAUAAUAGCUUCAGGUGAGUAGUGUUAGGUAUACAACAUGGCAAUAAGUGCUCAACAGUAGAAAUUCUGUGAAUAAAUAAAACCUAGUCCUAAGAAUUUACGAUGAUAGGGAUGGAUAGAAGGUGAAGAUAUAUAAUUUGCCAAAUAGUAGGAAGACUUGCUAAUAAAAGGUGACUUCACAUGUUGUUGUGGAGUCUGCAGGGACUCUUGAAGAACAGUAUGGAAUUUUAAUAAAACUUCUGGUACAAGAUUCCAAAGCUCAGACACAUGGGUCUACAGUUAGCAAGGUAGCUGUACCAAUCUCCAUAUGUACAACUUCAUUUUUAAUCAGUGUGAACAGGAUUUCUCUUCUUUUUGUACAAUCUCAUUGCCCUCAACACAAAAAGCAGGUAGGGCACUUUCAUGACAAGAGUGAAGUCUGCUGUCCGCAAAGGAGUCAACUGAGGUAAUACAAAACCCAGCUUUAACUAGCUGAUUUUAUAUAUAUCCAUACUAGAAAUUACCAGUAACCAGUGGUUCUCAAUGUUGAACACUCACUACAUAAACAAUUGUUAGUUAUUAACUUAAGUCAGGCAGAAAGAAUCAAGCAAAGUUAUUGCACUUUAUUCAACGUUUUCAACAUCUGCCAAAAGUGUACACAUUUUGCACUGAACUAACAAUACCAAUUUUAUCCUACCUAAAAGCUACUGUUCAGUUUUUUUCCUUUUGAAAAAAAUUUAUAUUGACUGGUCCCUAGACUAGACAUACGUUUAUUCAAAGAUAGCAGUAGAUUUCAAAAAGACACUAACUUGUAUUUGGCCCAAAAUGUAAACUGUGAGAAAAAAGUAUUUUGAUGGUUCUUUUAAAAUUCUAAAAAACAACAUUUUUAAAAAGCCAUUUCCCUUGCAAUGUUUGUAACCCAACUAUUUCAGCACUGGGAAAUUGAAAGUGAAAACCACCAAACAAAGUUUUCAUUGAAGAAGCUGAAAGAAAGGCAAGUGAACAAGCAGCAUAAAUAGUGAACAGUUGACAAUGUUUUCAGAACAUGCCGAACAAUAUUGUAAAAAUGUAUACCAAGCAAGACUUUUCAUCCUAAAACAUGAGACAAACAGGAAUAUCUGUUACCCAGCUAGUUUUGUUUUGUUUUCCCCUCAAGUUAGCUCAGAUGUAACAGCAGAAUAAGCAAAUACAAGAUUUUACUUUUACAUUAGUAUAUAGUACAAAAAUAUAACUGUUCAUAAAGCUUCUGUUGUACUAAGUUGUAACAAACUUAAGUAACUAUAUCCAGCAAGUACAUAAGGGCAGAGAGAGAUUCUGAGACACGUUUUUGCUCUCAUAACACCAACCUCAACACUACUCUGUAUGAACCAGCUCACUAUAACUAUACUUCUGUCUCACUUCCAGUUGUCUUAAAUUAUUAGCAGUUCAAGUUCUCUCUGCUCAGUGCAAUGAUUAUACAUUGUGAAAUGACUCUUGGACAUUAGUGUUCAUUACUGAUUAUGAACAAUUGUACUCAAAUAUAUUAAGGCACCUUUACUUCCUAAAAUGGUAUACAAUUCCUCAACUGACACAUGAAAUCAUUGGCAAAAAGUUUAUAAAUGCCACAAUAGUUUUAAAACUCUAAAUUAACAAAUUUACUUUUCAAUACGGCCCCUUUUUCUUAACAGUAUAUAUAACUGCUACUUUGUUCCCCCAGUAAAGGGGGAAUGUGAAGUAUCAGAAUUCACUGGACAUCUUCAUGUAAGAAAAUCCUCCCUUCACUCCAUUUGAAUUAAAAUUUAUCCCUAGCAGUUACCCUUCCUUCCAACUUACAACUCUGAAUUGUUGUGCAGAGUAUAAAAAGACAUCUUACACCGAGUCAUAUAGUAAAAUGCCACUCACAUUAACUAUUCUUUUUAAACAGUAUUUUCUACCGCAUAUGACUGAGUUUUCUCCCAACUUUGAACAGAAGACAAACGAGAAAUUCUGAAACUUUGGAAAAUCCCAGACAGCAGUUAUGUCAAGAAUUUUCAGUGUACACUCUGAAAAGAUAACUAGGACCAGAUCAAGCACUAUUGCUCUUCUUCCUCAGCUGAUUUAGAUUCUUUUCUCUCUUUCAUAUCAACAGGACUGUUAAGUUCCAGUUGCAAUCUCUCUAAUCGGUGAUAUGCAAAUCAAAGAAUUCAACUUCAUUCUCAUGGCAAGAUUCUCACAACUGCUCUGGUCUCUUUACACUGCAUGAGAGAGCCAGAGUACGACAAAGGGAACCUAGAAGCCCGUAUUCAGAGAAGUAAGGAUUUUCAUCACAGGAACUGAAGACGACAGCUCUAAGUCUGACAUCUGAGGACCGCAUAAGCCCUGAAAUGAAAGGCAUGCUGGGGGUGGGGUGUGUCAAAGCAGGGUUACAGCACACAGCAUUGCAGAGAUUCUGGACAACGUUGCGGUGCACAGGGCAGUGCUGGGUGACAGUUGUCUAUUACAGGUCCUCAGCACACUAACGUGUGAAGCAUCAUUCUAGGCCCAAAGAGCAGCCCAGGAUCAGGAAUGCAAAACCGCCAGGUUGAGACUCCAGAAUGAAUUUGCGUGGCUAGUAGCUAGACGGGACAAAAUCACAUACUUGUAAGAGAAGCAGAUUUGAUCUGGAAUCAGACCAGAAAUACAGAAUCCCAUUUUUAUAGAAUCUGCUUGGAGUACAACCACAGUUUAGAUAAUAUGGCAUUUGUCUGCAUGUUUAUGUCUUGUAUGGCAAGAGAAACCAUAAUUAAGUAUUUACUUUUUACUGAAAUGUUUACACUUUGAAUUUAUCCUUUUCACACAGUGUCCCAAAACUGGCUUUGGUUUCUUUUCCACAUAGCGAUUGAUAGCGUGCUUCACCAUCGGCGCCACGCAAGCUGCAUUUGGUGCAGGACCCAAGGAAGGGGUAGGACAUAAAAGUGUCUUAACUUCCCAGUCCUCAAGUCAACUGGGGUGGGUUUUGUCCACAGAGAUAGCAGUCUCAGUGUUGCUCUCAGUUAUGUCCAGCUGCAACAGCCCCUAAAGCACCAUUGCAGCAGCUGUCAAUAGCCAACACUCAGUUGCUCCGGUCCCCUCUCCCAUCCUAGAGGCUACAAGGCCACAGGUCUUGCUAUAGUGGCUCCUCAUCAUUUGAGGAUCUCUUGCACUAAGGACUGCUUUGAAUUGGCUUUGCAAUAUCAGAGUUACAAAAUUUUAAUUUAGUAACAUAAAAUCUAGUGUCUUUAAAUUACUUUAGAUCUAGUGAGCUGUUAUUCCAAAAUGAAAUCAGUCAACCCGUAAUUUGGCAUAAUGGGAUUUGUGUGUACUGUUUUAAAUAAACCGAAGCAUCCAUUUUUGGAUUCAGGCAACCCUUAAAAUAGGGAGCAUGUCACUAAAAUGGAAGACAGUGCAAUUAUUUUACUCUAGUGAUAAUCUCUUCAAAUAAAAUUAUAAUAAAUAAUUUCAGUUAAUGCCAGUUUCAAGUGUAAUAUAUGCCUAAUAAAAUAUAUCAAAAAUAUAUUCUCUACAGUAUGCUAAUU